AUGGUUCAGAGUAGAGUUGGUUUAUUUUUCUUUCUCGGAAGAUUUAUCGACGCUCAAUAUUACCGAGAUGUGCCAGGAAUCGAAUAUGUUCGCGAAACUUCUUUUUACAACAAUAAAGCCGCACCAAAUUCGCCAUUCUACGACUCAGAGAGCUAUGUUAAUAUGGCUUUUUCAUCGUCAAGUUCGGACUCGAGUGAAUUCAACAUCGACCCGAUCGUUGAGGAGGAAGUAGUUUGGAGAACGGAGAAGGUCAAAAAUAUUGCAAUGGUUGUGAAAUUCGAGAAACUACCAAUGUUCACUCAGAUUCAAUGGCGAUGUCCGAAAGAAGCUCAAUACUGCGAUAUGAGCUCAUUUUACGACGAAAAGAAGACAUACGCGAAUAUUUUCGAGGAUGACUCCGACGGCGAAUAUGAAUGCUUUUUCUUCCUGAAUCAAGACCCGGUCUACGUGAAGCGAUUCAUUCUUAAAUCAACGGAAAAAUUUAUCGCCCUCCGGAAAUCAACGAAAACUGAUGGGGAGGAGAAUACUGUUCAACUUAGAGGAAUGGCAGCGGUGACAUCAGAUGUCGUAACAAUCAACACAAAAUACUGCGAGGAGUUUUCCAAGGCUACUCGCUCCAGACAAGAACAUUCAUCGAGAGAUGCUCAAGAAUCGUGCUGUGACUCAUUCUCUAUCCGCCUUGAUAGAUUUUCAAGAGUAUCAGGGACGUAUUCGAGGCUGAGGAAAACAGUCAAUAAUAGGCCUAUUUGGAAGAAUCGCGCCUUUGCUCUUUGGGCAAGCAAGGAGGGAAACUGGAUGAUUGGAUCGGUCAAAUCGAUCGGGAAGAAUAGAGGAUUUCUCAUUGCAAAAAACUCAAUAAACUGCCCGAACAAAUUGUCAUCCAUCUUUGAUGCGAAAGCACAAGAAUCUAUCCCCAUCCACACAUCCUGCGACUGCUGCGAGGUCCUUACAGUGAAAGGAUCCACACACCAACAAAACUCGAAAUAUGGAAUUUACAUUCGCUCCUCACAUCUGUCUUCUCUCCCUGGCGAAUAUCGCCAAAUUUGGCCAUCGAGUAAACAUGGCAAUGUCAUUUACAACGAGUCUGGACAGUACUACAUCAGCGACAGACCAAGGGCGACAGUAGGCCAUUUGGGAAUUUUUUCAGACAAAACUCGAGGCUGUCCAAGUGACGCCAAAGGUUGGAAAUCAUGGGUUGGAUUCGACAAAACGAUCAUCGACAGUGAAUUCAAAGUCUCCUGUUUCUCGGGGAAUUCCGAAUGCAUUUACGCGUACAAUUUUUGUGAAGCCAAAGAAGAUGCUAAAUUGUGUCUUGAAAGUAUUUUCCAUUGCAAGGGACUGGAUGCAUCUCUUUGCAACGAACAGCGCGAACAACUGACUAGUGAAUGUUUCUACGGAAAAUGUUCUUAG